UGCAUUACAGCUUUCAGUUUUGGUAAAACCUAAAAACCCACUAUAUGAGAGUGAAAAUUGUGAAUAAAAACAAAGUAAAUUAUUCAAUAAAAAUUUAGUGAUAAUUGUAAAUUAAAACACGCAAAGAAUAUAUGUAUGUAUGUAUGCAUAAAAGAAUUUGAUUCAGUGAAGAUUGAAAAUAGUGAUAAGGUGCAAAAUGUUCUUAUCAGUGAAUUUCGUGAGCGUUACCCUUCUCGCAGUCAUUCUAACUCUCUCUACUCACUCAACAACAGCAAAUAUGUCGAACGCUGGUCAACUCUCAGUGCAACAUGAAUUCGCCCGUAAGUCAGCGCAAUUCGCGAUCAAUUUGUUCAAUUUCAUGUAUCACAGAGAGCCCCAGAAGAAUAUUAUAUAUUCACCCUUCUCGAUACAGACAUGCGUGGCUAUGGCACGCAUAGGGGCUACCGGUGAAACUGCGGCCGAACUUGACCGCGGACUGGGCCUGCCAUCGAGCGAUGUGUCUGUCAUAGCAGACACCUUUCACAACGUCUUGGCCACCUACACAAAUAGUACAAUUUUGAAAAUUGCCAACAAGAUUUACGUCAUGCAGGGCUACCAAAUAGCCCCGAAAUUUAAUGAAAUCGCUACGACCAAGUUCUUUUCCUCUGCAGACAGCAUUGACUUCCGCAGUAGUGUUGCCGCAGCGAACACAAUUAACCAGUGGGUUGAGUCCCAGACCAAUAACCUAAUUAGAAAUCUCAUUUCGCCGGACGCGUUGAACGCAGAGACACGUGUAGUAUUGAUUAACGCAAUUCAUUUCAAGGGUGAAUGGAAGUAUCAGUUUCCGAAGCAAGCAACACGAGAGGACAAUUUCUACCUGAAUGAAGUCGAUUCAGUUAGAGUGCCAAUGAUGAAUGUCAAGGAGACUUUCGGUUAUGGUGUCAUACCAGAGCUGGACGCAGCGGUGCUCGAAAUGCCCUACAAGGACUCCGAUCUCUCCAUGCUGGUUAUAUUACCCAACUCCCGCACUGGCCUGGCCAGUCUGCACGAGAAACUGAAGAGCUUCGAUAUCUCAGAGAUCACACAGCGUUUGUAUCCAACGAAAGUCAUAGUGAAGUUUCCGAAAUUCAAGGCCGAAUAUGAUAUCGAGCUGAAUGAAGCUUUGCAAAACCUUGGUAUGGCGCGCAUGUUCAGCAGACAGGCCGAGUUCGAUAAUUUGCUCGAGUCCAAUGAGCGAUUACAGGUCUCUAAAGUAGUGCACAAAGCCUUCAUCGAGGUGAACGAAGAAGGCACUGAAGCCGCAGCGGCAACCGGCGCCAUUGUACGCAAAAAACGUUGUGCUAUGUCCUUUUCCGAAACGCCGGAAUUUCACGCCGACCAUCCAUUCUUAUAUUCGGUUAUCAAACGAAUAAGUCACGGAGCGAAAACUUCACCAUUUCCAUUAUUUUUGGGUACAGUGAACAACUUGGAUGCUGCGGUCGCAUCCGAAAAGCAUGAUGAAUUGUGAAAAACUUGGGCUCAUUUAAUUUAUGUAGUAGUUACUGUUGUACUUGUCAUGCUUUCACAUUGUUGUAAUUUAUCUCGUAAAGUUGGAAAAAACACUAGGAAAAAUAAAAUAAAAAUUAGAAAGCAAGAAAUUUUUAGAGGAACGUAAGCAUUUGCGUCCAUUUGGGCUAAUUUCCACUAACAAGCCGCGCGUAGCAAGGAGGGAUGUAGAGUGAUACAGC